AUGGGGCUCGUCUGUUACAUUUGCACUGGUGAGAGCUUCUUGCGUGGAUCGUGUUUCACUCUGCUGCAUCGGACAUUUUGUCGCCAGGUGCGCUGCAUUGAGGCACCGGUGAAGUCUGCGCAGCCUUUGUCGGUAGCUUCGAGUCAUGAAGCGCUUGACGCGGCGAGCCUCGAUUAG